UGGCAGUCCUUUGUCGGCUAUAAAGAGAGACCAUGAUCAUUCCUAGCUGUACCAGGUAGUUCUCCAGAUCCAGUGCUCUCUUCUGCCAAUUCGAAGCAAGCAAGCAAUAAUACCUAUCACCAUGUCCGCUGAAAAGAAGGUCCUCGUUACCGGCGCCUCCGGCUUCGUCGCAGCCCACAUCAUCCAGGUAUUCCUCGAGGCCGGUUACGCCGUUAAGGGAACAGUGCGAUCUGAAUCGACGGCCGAGAAGGUCCGUUCGACCUAUCCAAAGUAUGCCGACAAGCUGAGCUUCGCCAUCGUGCCCGAUAUGGCUGUGCCCGACGCUUUCGACGAGGCCGUCAAGGGCGUUGAAGGCAUCAUCCACACUGCGACUCCCUUCCAGAUCCAGGUCGAAGAUAAUGAGCGCGAUCUCCUCCGUCCGGCCAUCGACGGCACCGUUAACAUCUUGCGCUCCGCCAAGAAGUUCGCUCCUCAGGUCAGGCGUGUUGUCAUCAUUUCCUCCUUCGCCGCCAUCGGGGAUUUCUCCAAGGGCAACCGGCCUGGAUACACAUACACCGAAGCCGACUGGAACCCCAUGUCCUACGAGGAGGCUGCGAAGAAGGAAACACCAGGUGCCCUGGCAUACUGCGCAGCCAAAGCCCUGGCAGAACGCUCGGCCUGGGAUUUCAUCAAGAACGAGAAGCCCAACUUCGAUCUGGUUACCCUCUGCCCGCCUAUGGUCUAUGGACCUAACAUCAACGCCACCACCGAUCUUUCCAAGUUGAACACCUCGUCCGCUGAUAUCUAUCAGCUGAUGGCCCCUGGUAGGAAGCCCACCGACGAGAUGCCCAAGACCUCCUUCUGGUCGUGGGUCGAUGUGCGUGACGUUGCCCUGGCCCAUUUGAGGGCGUAUGAGAUUCCCGAGGCUGGCAACCAGCGUUUCUUCCUCUGCAACGGUAACUUCAGCUACCAGAUGAUGUGCGACAUCCUGCGCGAGAAUAUUCCCGAGCUCAGGGAUCGCGUUCCUAUCGGCAAGCCUGGGUCCGGCUUUGGAGGUGUCGAGCUGUACAAGACCGACGCUUCCAAGGCGGAGAAGGUGCUGGGAAUCAAGUUCCGCCCAUUGGAGGUGCCCGUGGUUGAUGCCGCGAGAUCCUUCCUGGAGCUUGAGAAGAAGGGCGGUAAGGCCUAAGCGACCUGCCAACCUUCUAGGAAACUAUUUCCA